AUGAUAAUUGGAAAUUUAAAACGGAAGUACCCCAUUCCAGAGAUAGCAUUUUUCGUACUAUCAAUAGCUGUGGUUAGCGCUGGGGAAGUUUCUGAAUCUGAACCAUCAACAAAUGCACCAUGUACUUCAGAAAAUGGGAUUAUACCUACAGCCCAUGAUACUAAUACACCAGUACCACAAUACACUUCUCCAAUCCUUCAACAAUCACUCAAAGAGCUAUCGGUUCGACCGGCUACAUAUACCAUUCAACAAACUUCAACAGAUAAACCAACACCAAUAGUUCCACACGUCUUCCAACAAUCAUCUCAAGCACUUGAGCAAGCAGCUCAAUUCCAACAAGUUCCGAUUCUUCAAUAUGCAGUACGAAUUGCAGUACCACAACCUUUAUAUCAGUAUAUUUCCAAACAAAUACCAGUUGAAGAAGAAUCUAAUUCAAUCGAUCGGGAAGUUGAUGCACAAGAAUUUCAACAUCAACGAAUUGUGCCUCAAGUCCAAUCAGAGAGAAUUAAUCCUGUUACACAUUACUCAGAUGUAUCAGAAUCUACCACACAACAACCAUAUUCUGAUGGAGAAGAUAACACUGCAGUGAAAUAUAAUGAAGGAACAAAAGCAACAUCACUUGAUACUUCUAAAGAUGACUUUGACAAUAAUCCUCAAUACGUAUUCGGAUAUGAUAUUGAAGAUACAUUUACAGGAGAUAGUAAAAGACAAAGUGAACAAAGGCAAGGAGAUGUAGUACAUGGAGUUUAUUCUCUAAUAGAUCCUGACGGCUAUAGAAGAACCGUAGAUUAUACUGCGGAUAGUGUGAAUGGAUUCCGUGUGAGCAUUAGAAGGGAACCUGUAAACGAUAGGUUAGCUAAAUAUGAGAGGAACAGUAGCCCUAAAUAA